GUGGAAGUGUUAGCUCAUAUAGCAAGCUAAUUCUUUGUUUAGUAAAAAUAAUAAUGGUAUUUAUUACUUAAUUAUUAGUUCGUGAGGUGCGAUUUAGCAAUUUAUAAAGGUUGCCAUAUGAUGUUGUCCUCCCAUAUUGGCAGCUGGGCUGUGCCACAGAGGAACUAGAAUGAUGACAUCCUAAGAGUGGAAAUAAUACUAUAUUGUUAGUGGACACAAUGCUAGCCAGGCAUCAUGGAACACAGGAGGCCUUUGGCGUUAUGGAGAAGACGCCACAAAGCAAGAAUUAUCAGUGUGUCACAUGCUUGAAAUGCUUUCCUGCUCCAUCCAAACUACAGAGACACAUCCUUUCGCAUACAGGACAAAGACCAUUUGUGUGUCACCUCUGUGAAAAGGCAUUUAGGCAACUAGCACACCUGAAACUCCAUAUUAACACACACCUUUAUCCAAAACAUAUUGAACGGAAGAGCAAUGUAAAGUCUAGCUUGCAUCCAAGUGGAUAUGAAAAUGCCCCUCCUAUAAAGAUAAAUAACUCAAAUGCAUGUUUGCAGACAGGCUCCUUGGACACAUUUGGUGCAGAGGGCACAUUGGUGGUGGGCAUCAGUCCAACUGCACCUGUCGACAGAGUUGAGGAAAAAUCUCUCUGUUCCUCUCGCUGCACCGCUGAACUCAAUCCCCUUCACUCCGCGGUCGAGAGGUUUGAGAAGCAGCACACAAAAGACGAGCCAAUGAGGAACCACGAUGACUGGAGUGAACCUGAGAAACAGACACUGCAUGAGGAUAGAUCCUCCAGAGAUGAAACAGUGGCCAAACAUACAAAAAUAAUUGAGAAUUCAAACUCUCAUAAAUGCCCUGAGUGCUUUAAGUGCUUCAGCGCCCCGUCCAAAUUAAAGAGGCACUGCCUGAUUCACACAGGCCAGAAACCAUUUCAGUGCUACCUAUGCCAGCGUGUUUUUAGGCAGCUGGCCCAUCUAAAGGUACACUACAGCAUUCACCCUGGGGUCACCAAGUCGCGGAACUCACUACCACGGCAAAGUCUCAAAUCUAUUUCCCAACCCCAGCGGUCAAAAACCUGGCCAAGGAACUAUACAUGUAACAUGUGUGGAAGGAGAUUUAAACAGAAGAGACAGUUGAUAGUCCACCAACAAACUCAUAACGUUUCAGAGACUGCUGUGCACCCUCGUAAGUUAAAUAAAUUAAGUAAGGCUUACCUUCCCCCUCAAACUAAUUGUGCUUCCAAAAUAUAUUUCCUAAACUCUGAAAGUUCUAUAACGUACAACAUAGAGCUGAAUGGUAAGAGACAACUAGAUGUAGUUGAAGGUUUAUGCAACUUAUCAGAAAUAUUGCAUGACGGUGCAAAACAUGCAUCACAAGAGCACAUUGACCUCACUCGCUCCUCAGACAACAGAAACAAGUCGCCUGUGUCUAAUCGCACAGACCACACACAUACAAGCACACGUAAGGUAAGGGAAAAUCAGUGCAUGAUAUGCCUGAAGAAGUUUGACUAUCCCUCCAAACUCUCCCGACAUCUGUUGGUCCACAUGGGCAUUAAGCCUUUCGGAUGCACCGUCUGUAGUAAGUCCUUCAGACAGCUCUGCCAUCUACAGACUCACAUGAAGGCCCACUACAUAAAAAGUGACAAUGUUUCGAAAAGAGUAGAAGAUACCCCCGACCAACCAGGGGAUAUUAUAUUAAAGAACAAGCCUGUUUCUGCGGUGAAGAGAAAUCAAAGUGAACAUUUAGACCAAGUUUCUCAACCUCGGGAAGCCAGCAGAGGCCUCAAUGAAGUUGAUUGUUUCCUAAGCCAGGAUGUUUUAUCUGUCAGACCUACCUUCAGUCAUUGCUCCACUGACAGUCUCUCCAUCUAUGGUGCUCAACAACCUGCAUGGAACCCCACUGAGAAGCUGCUACCUGGAUUGGACACUGACACAGACAGGAAGUCUUCAGCAGAGCCAGUAUCUCUCAGACAAGAACAUAAGACAGACUACAAGAAGACCAGUGAUGUAUUUGACAGCACACCGACACACCAUUCACUAAUAGGCAAAUCUAAACUAAGGAGUUGCAUCUUACAAAAGAAACCCGCAAUCCAUGGCAGAGGGCGCUAUUGUUGCCCGGUUUGUUCAAAGCGCUUUGACGCUCCAUCCAAGCUACAACGGCAUUCCCUGGUUCACACAGGACAAAGGUCCUAUCAGUGCCCCACUUGUCCGAAAACGUUUAGACAAAAAGCUCAUCUGAAGGUGCACCAGUCUGUUCAUGAACAAGGGAAAGAGGCUAAACCCUCUAUUAGUCAUAAUGAAUACAGGCAGACCAAGUCUUUAUCAAGACUGAAAAGGACCCCAUGUUCAAAUGGAAAGGACGUAGUCUUCCGUAAUAAAAGUGAAAAUACUUUAUCGAGUGGCAGUGAUCUCUCUGCUGUCCCUCUAGCUCAGUUCAACUGCCCCCCAACAAACGACGUUGACAGCCAAACACUGCUUUCUGUUGCACCUAGGAAAUCAGGGGUGUACCAGUGCAUGGCCUGUCUGAAGAAGUUUGACUAUCCUUCUAAACUCUCCCGACAUCUAUUAGUCCACAUGGGCAUCAAGCCUUUCAGAUGUACCGUCUGUAGUAAGUCCUUCAGACAACUCUGCCAUCUACAGUCUCACGCGAAGGUCCACUAUAAUAAGGCCGCACUGCAUGGGGAUGAACAACAGAGGAACAUCAACUUGGCUCAACUGGACAAUAUUCCCCUAGAGGAUGGGACUGUUUCAGAGGGACACAUCUUUGCAGCAGGUCUUCAUCAAGAUGAACCAGGCCCAAGUCAAAGUUUUGGAAAUUACGAACAAAAUAGUAAUUACAGACAAAAUGGUCAUAGUGGUGAAUCAUACAAUCACUUCAGUUUAACAGAAAGCGCAAACCAAUCAACAGAAAUCAACAGAAAGCAUGAACCAACCCCAUCCCCUGAACAGCCAGAAGACGUGAAAAGCAUGAAGUCCGAGAAUAACUGGAAUAUUGCUGAGGAGAAACAUGUGGAAAAGUUUCCCUCGCAUGAAUAUUAUGGGCAGCAAAACCACCCCCAGCUUCCUAACUGGUUAAGCCCUUAUCCAUAUCACCAAGAAACUAACCAACAUGUUCCUUAUCUGGAGGAUAGACCUAAUUCACAAUAUGGUGCUAAAGAGGAGGACGGGUUAGAGGGUGGCCUUAGGUCAGAGUUUAAUUUUCCAUAUAAGUCAGAACCUCCCAACGACCUUCACGUCUGCGCAGGCUGUAGUCAGUGUUUUACCACCAAGAGGAAACUGAAUCAUCACAGGUGUUCUCCGAGACAUUUAGAGAAAGAGAGACAGGCGAGCUCGUAUCAGUGCGCCAUCUGCUUCAAAAGCUUCGAGGCUCCCUCGAAAUUGAAAAGACACUAUGUUAUCCACACAGGCCAGAGGCCAUUUCAGUGUACAGUGUGUGGAAAGGCUUUCACCCAGGCAGGCCAUUUGAAGACACACCUGCAAAUCCACAGGUAAAAGAAUUGGGACCGUCAUCUGCUGUUUAAGGACUAAUAACAGAUCUCCACACACUCAUAUGUUACUUUGACUACUUACCUUGCCAUGCUCCUCUACUCUCCAACAUCAGCUUUUUGGAUUGCAGAAUAUGUCCAUCCUGAUGAAAAAGUCAAUAUUUUUUAUGUUCCUUUUUGUGCCUUCUAUUAUAGAUGGCGUUAUAUGGUUUACUGAGUUUGUACUAAUGUAAUUAUGUGUGGUGUAUUAGUUGAUGCUAACAAUCUGCCUAUCGUAUCACAUACUGGUAUUCACAGUGCGUUCAGAAAGUAUUCAUAACCCUUGGCUAAUUAUAAAAUUUGUUGAUACAGCCUGAAUUCAACAUUGAUUAAAUAUAUAAUUUUUUUCUGAACCCGUGUGAGUCAGGCCGUAACACAAGUAUAUGUGGGAAAAAGUCAAGGGGUGUGAAUACUUUCUGAAGGCACUGUAUUUGUAAAUAACUUAUUAAUAUGUAAGUACAACAGCAGUCAGUUCUUCUGUUUCACACACGUGAAGUAUACACUAAUAAAAAUGUCUUCAAUGCAAUACUCUGGCUGGCCAUAUCAUUAUGUUGCUAUUUGGUUAUAGCUGGAAUAUAUUUAAUUUGGCACUGAGGCUAGGCAUUGUUUAUUCUCAGAUGACAGGAUCGAUGCCAUCUGAUAACACUUACUCGGCGGGUCAUUUCAUUAUGGUUUCGCAGUACCACUUCUUCACACAAGAUGGCAUCAUGUCUCUGUUUUGGUUAGUUGAGAUGCACUUUGAGGAGGAGAAGCGUCUGACUUCUGAUUAAAGGUGUAAUGUGGAGACGUGUCAGUGUGAAAUAAACUAGUUUUAACAUGGUACAUGAAAUACUGAGUUAGGUUUUAACGUGAAUUAUUGCUGUUUUUUGAUCACUUGUAGGAUUAUCAGUUAGAAUGCCAUUUUCUGUUUGACAUUGUCGAUUAAACAUCUUACUUAUUUAUAAAUGUGUACUC